AUGGGUGUUGCAAGGACCAAGACAGUCAAGAACAAGCAUGCCACCAGGGGCUCCGGCAUCAGUGGCAGCAAAGCAUCCCAGCAGUCUGGCCCUCCCGAUGGCGUCGUCAGAUCAAGGAAGAAGAAGGAGACCCCAAAGGGCACCAAGCCCACCAAGGGCAAGGGCUUGGCCGCCAUGCUGAGGAAGAAGAAGAAGGUCUACUCGGAGAAGGAACUGGACCUCCCCAAGCUGAACAUGGUCACCCCCAUCGGAGUCGAAAAGCCAAAGGGAAAGAAGAAGGGCAAGGUUUUUGUCGAUGAUCGCGAGAGCAUGACCACCAUCCUGGCUUUGGUGCAGGCCGAGAAGAACGGCGAGAUCGAGUCCAAGAUGAUCAAGGCACGACAGAUGGAGGAGAUCCGCGAGGCAAGGAAGGUCGAGGCCGAGAAGAAGGAGGAAGAAAAGAAGUCCAAGCUCGAAGACGUCAAGGACUCCCUGAGGAAGAAGAGGAAGCACAUCAAGUCCACCUUCGACGCAGCUGACGACGCCAUGGUCAACGAGGCAGUCACUUCUGGAAGCAGGGCGGCGAAGCCCAAGAAGAAGAGGGUAGCUUUUGCUUAA